CUUUUUAGCCCCCUACAGUAACACUACUAUGCUCUCUAAGCUCACGCCUAGCAUCGCCUUGGCCCGUCCUUCGGCUAUGAGGCUCCUCUCAACGAGUGCGAUUCGGUUCGCUAAGACUACUGGAGAUAUCGUUGGUAUCGAUUUGGGAACUACCAACUCCUGUGUAGCAGUGAUGGAGGGUUCUCAAGCUCGUGUGAUCGAGAACUCUGAGGGAAUGCGUACAACUCCAUCAGUAGUUGCCUUCACCAAGGACGGCGAGAGGCUAGUUGGCAUGCCCGCUAAACGUCAGGCCGUUACCAACCCCGAGAAUACCUUGUUCGCCACCAAGCGUCUCAUUGGCCGACGGUACAACGAUCCUGAGACUCAGAAGGAUAAGCAGCAAAUGCCCUAUAAGAUUGUUGCUAGCACGAGCGGCGAUGCGUGGCUCGAGGCUAACAACGAGAAGUUCUCUCCUUCCCAAAUUGGUGCUUUCGUUCUGAUGAAGAUGAAGGAGACUGCGGACUCUUUCCUCGGCCGCGACGUUAAGCAAGCUGUUAUCACCGUCCCUGCGUAUUUCAAUGAUGCCCAGAGGCAGGCCACCAAGGAUGCCGGCAAAAUUGCUGGUCUUGAUGUCCUUCGUAUCAUCAACGAGCCCACUGCUGCUGCCCUUGCUUAUGGCUGUGAUAAGAAUGAAGGUCAGACCAUCGCAGUCUAUGAUCUCGGUGGAGGCACCUUCGAUAUCUCCAUUCUGGAGAUCUCUGGUGGUGUAUUUGAGGUGAAGGCCACCAACGGUGAUACUUCUUUGGGUGGCGAGGAUUUCGAUAGGGUCAUCCUCAAGCACUUGAUCGCUGAGUUCAAGAAGCAGCAGGGCAUCGAUCUCGGGCAGGACCGUAUGGCCCUGCAGAGGCUGAAGGAGGCCGCUGAGACUGCCAAGAUUGAGCUCUCCAGCAAGGUUCAGACUGAGAUCAACUUGCCCUUCAUCACAGCUGAUGCCUCGGGCCCUAAGCAUCUGCAGAUGACAUUGAGCCGCGCUCAGUUGGAGGGUCUUACUGCUGAUCUCCUCAACAAGACCAAGGCCCCUUGUGAGGCCUGCCUUAGAGAUGCUGGUCUUAAGAAGGACGAGCUCAGUGAAGUCAUCCUUGUUGGUGGUAUGACUCGUAUGCCUGCGGUGUCUGAGGUAGUGAAGAAGCUGUACGGUAAGGAGCCUCAUAAGGGUGUUAAUCCGGAUGAGGCUGUGGCCAUGGGUGCUGCCAUUCAAGCUGGUGUUCUCAAGGGAGAUGUGAAGGACAUCCUUCUAUUGGAUGUUACCCCUCUGUCUCUUGGUAUUGAGACCCUUGGAGGUGUGUUCACUCGUUUGAUCAACCGUAACACGACCAUCCCUGCCAAGAAGUCUCAGGUCUUCUCUACCGCCACUGAUAACCAGACUCAGGUCGGUAUCAAGGUUUUCCAGGGCGAGCGAGAAAUGGCUGCUGACAACAAGCUCCUUGGUCAGUUCGAUUUGGUUGGAAUUCCCCCUGCUCCUCGUGGUGUGCCUCAAAUCGAAGUUACUUUCGAUAUUGAUGCCAAUGGUAUUGUCAAUGUGUCCGCUAUGGACAAGUCCACCGGCAAGAAACAGAAUAUCACCAUUCAGUCCUCUGGUGGUCUCUCUGAUGCUGAUAUCGACAAGAUGGUUAACGAGGCUGAGAGCAUGAAGGAGCAAGAUGAGAAGCGCAAGCAGGCCGUUGGUGCUAAAAAUGACGCCGAGACUCUCGUCUACUCUGUGGAGAGGCAACUCAGUGAGCUGAAGGACAAGAUGAGCGAUGCUGAUGCCGAGGAUUUGAAGCAAAAGAUCGCGGCUGUGAGGUCCACUCUGACUACGGAUGAUGUUGAUGAGAUCAAGAACAAGACUAAGGAGCUGCAGGAUGCCUCCUGGAAGGUCUCUUCCCAAGCGUAUCAGCAGGGCUCUAACGAACAGCAGCAAGAGGAACAGAAGACGGAGAGUGCCGAGGAGGAGAAGAAGAAUUAACUGUCGUGAAGUUGGCUACUAGCUGUGCAGUUGGUGCUAUUCCAAGAAGUAUAUAUCGUUUCCGUCGAUUCAUUGCCACCGGUUGUGGGGUUGCUGCUGAAUGAUCAUUGUGAGGGACCAUUAGACACCCAUGCCUUUGUUACUAUCUCCAUCACUACUUUUACUAAAUACUACUAAUGAUGAUAACGACGAAGGAUUGAGUUUCGGAAG